AGCUGUGAUGUGUUUGGGACAUUUGACUGUGGUCGCAGCAUUGCAAUAUUCUCACUACUGGGGCCAGGUUGAUUCGUCACAUCCAAUAGUGGUCUUCUUAAUUGGGACCCUGUAAAUGAAAAUUGACAUUUUUUACAAUUAACAAGCUUUAAAGUGGCACUCAUAUUUAGUUUUGGUUAAAAAAUGUAAGUUUACACAUAUUUCAAUAAUGAAUAUAAUUCUUUAAAUCUUCUUCUAUUUUUGAACAGCAAUAAAGAAAUUCGCUGUUGUGCCCAUAUUACAUUGUUAAGAGGUUGGAAAUUGGGUAAUUAGGUAUUGACUGAGAUUGAAAUGCACUAUCUUCAGAGCAGCAGCAGUUCUUCUUAAAAGAAUUGUACAAAAAAGUCUGAUGAAAAACAAAGCCUUACACAAACAACAUCACGUUUUUUUGCCAAUUGUAAUAGUACCUCGUAAAUUUUGAGCUUACAGGGCAUUGUGGUGUAUUCGAACACUUUAUAUUAUAUUAUCUAUGCUAAGUUGUCUGUGGUCAUUCUCAAGUACAUAAGUUGUGUCCGGUCCGUUUAGUACAGUUUUGUAUAAGUAUCUUGUGUCUGAUUAAACAGUUAAUUAUAAAAUAUCAUAUUUGAUUCCGCCGCCGCCUUCCUCACCCUAUCCACAACCACAACAUUGGCGACGAGAGGGUGAGCAAACUCAGCGUAAAGACCAGCAUUAACACGUUAGUGAAAGAUUAACAAAAUGGCACUCAGUGCAUUUAUAGGUGUCUUGCCGCCGUACGAUACGAACAUGAGUUGGAUUUGCUGGAGGGAGUUAUUUGAUGAGUAUUGUAGUUUAAACAAAGUAAAAGAUGAGUCCGUAAAAAAGUCAUUGUUCUUGACCCACAUAGGAGCCGCAAAUUAUAGCAUACUCCAUAGCACGUGCUUGCCAGGAAAGCCCAAAGAAAAGUCAAUAGAAGAGUUGUGUCAAAUUUUGGAAAUAAAGCAUGAGCCUCCAGGUUUAGAAGCUACAAAUAGGUACAUUUUUCAUCGACGCAUGCAGAACGACAAUGAGUCUGUCACGGAUUAUAUUAUAGCCCUGCAAGAAAUCGCUAGCAAAUGUAAAUAUACAGAAGUCCAAAUUUAUGAUGUCUUAAAAGACCAGUUAGUAUGUGGUUUACGCUCGGAGAGCAUAAGAAGGAAAUUGUUGAGUACACAAAAUUUAACAUAUGAAAAAGCUAAAGAGAUAUGCUUACAAGAAGAAACAAUUCAAAAUCAAGUGUUAUCAUUACAAGAAAGUAAUGGACAUAAUAAUGUAAACAAAGUAAACUACAGGAAUAGUAAAAGUGGAUAUCAGUCAAAACAGUAUAAGUCGAGUCAAUAUCAGUCAAGUCGAGUCCCAGUGCAAUCAAGUCAUGUUCCAGUCAAGUCUAGAGUUCCAAAUGGAAUCAGCCGAAGUCCAAUGCAAGUUCCAGUCUCAGUUCAACAAAGUAGAGGUCCAGCAUAUUCCAGUAAAUUUAGUCAGCGACAGAAUGUCCAUAACAGAGGUCAGUCAUCAAGUGUUUAUGUAAAUGAAGAGUGUUACAGGUGUGGAAGGAACCACAACCCGCAUACGUGUCCUGCGAGGGAAUGGCAGUGUUACAAGUGCAAAAAGGUCGGUCACAUAUCAUAUAAGUGUAAGAAUAGAUUUAUUCACAACUGUAUAGUAAAGGAAGGUGUCGUGGAUGAUGAGGAGGUAGAGUGUAUGUUGCAGGAAUUAAAUAUGAAUACUAUUUCACAAAUAAUGUUUAACAGUAAAAAGUCUGAGUCACAAAUUGUUAAAAUGCAAGUAGAAAAUGUCAUGUUACAAAUGGAAAUAGAUACUGGUGCAGCAGUGUCUUUGUUUCCUUACUCAUUGUAUUUAAAAUAUUUUAAUCAACACAAAUUACAACCUACAAACAUUAAGUUAAAUUGUAUAACAGGGAAAAUAGAAAUAGCAGGUCUAUUAAAUGUCAAAGUGCAUUACCAAAAUAAAAGUACAAAUCUAACAGUUAUUGUGUGUUCUCAGGGUAGGGAGUUUAUUCCAUUGUUGGGAAGAGAUUGGUUAGAUGAGUUGUUACCUGCUUGGAGAAGUAAAUUAUUAGGGAAUGUUGGUGAUUCUCAGUGUGUCAUGUCAAAUAAUGUCAGCCAGUUUGGUAAAGAAAAUAUUAAUCAGUCCAGUGUAAAAGUGAGUCAGUUGCAUAAUAUGUCAAAAAAUAUCAAUGUGUCAGAGUCGAAUGUGUCAAAUAUAGUUAAACAACUGAAGUGUCAAUAUAGUAAUGUUUUUAAUAAAGAGUCAGAUACAAGUAUUAAGCAUUUCCAAGCAACCUUAAACUUAAAAGAUAAUUAUACUCCGGUUUUUCAGAAACCGUACCAGUUGCCUUAUAAUAUUGUCAACAUAGUGUCAGAGUCCUUAGAUAAAAUGGAAAAAGAUGGUAAGAUAUUUAAAGUAAAUCAUUCAGAAUGGGCUUCACCCAUCGUUCCAGUAAAGAAAAAUGAUGGUUCAUACAGGUUAUGUGUCGAUUUCAAGAAAACGGUCAAUCCUAAUUUGAAUAUUGAUAUCUAUCCAUUGCCUAAAGCAGAGGAUGUGUUUGCUACUAUGUCAGGUGGAUCAGUUUUUGUAGUUUUGGAUUUGACAGAUGCGUACCAACAACUUAUUGUUAGUGAAAGUAGUCAACCUUUGCUAACAAUUAAUACACAUAAAGGAUUAUAUAGAUUUACUCGUCUCAUAUAUGGUAUUGCAUCAGCACCAGCGAUUUUUCAAAAGAUUAUGGAUCAAAUACUGUCAGGGAUUCCAAAUACAUGUUGUUAUAUAGAUGAUAUUCUGAUAAAAGGAAACAAUAUGAAAGAUUGUUUAGAUACAGUUAGAAAAGUGUUGGAAAGAUUAGAUAAAUAUAAUGUCAAAGUGAAAGAGGGAAAAUGUACAUGGUUCUCAGAGUCUGUCGAAUAUUUGGGUCAUGUUAUUUGUAAGGAAGGUAGGAAACCGAGUAAAUCAUUAGUCGAGGCUAUAGUAAAAUGUAAAAAACCUGAAAAUGUCAAAGAGUUACGUUCAUACUUAGGAAUGUUGAACUUUUAUAAUAACUAUAUUGGAAAUUUAAGUACUUUAACCAAACCAUUGAGAGAACUCAUAGAAAAGAAUGUUAAGUGGAAUUGGUCUGAUUUACAUCAACAAUCAUUUGAGUUAUCUAAACAAAAAUUAUUGAAUAGUGAUAUAUUGGUUCAUUAUGAUCCCUCACUUCCAUUAGUACUAUUUACAGAUGCCAGUCCAGUGGGUCUAGGUGCAGUAUUAUGUCAUGCCAUUAAAAAAGGAAAUAAUAAAUUGAUGGAAAAACCAAUUGCAUUUGCAUCAUGUUCAUUAACUAAAGUUCAACAGAAUUAUUCACAGUUAGAUAGAGAAGCCUUAGGUAUUAUUUAUGCUGUGACUAAGUUUCAUAAAUAUUUAUGGGGUAGACAGUUUACCUUAAUAACUGAUAAUGCUCCAAUUCGUCAUAUUUUUCAUCCUAGUAAAAAUGUACCAACGUUGGCAACUCACAGAUUGCAACAUUGGGCAUUAAUAUUGUCAAGUUAUAAUUAUGAUAUUCAACAUAGAAAAAGUGACUUACUAUGCCAUGCAGAUGCCUUGUCAAGGCUUCCAAUUAAUAAAAUAGUUAUAGAUAAUUCAAGUCAUAUUAAUGAAAGUGUCUUAUUAGAAUUACCCAUGUCUCAUGUUGAUAUAGCAUGUGAAACUGCAAAAGAUUGUGUUUUGAGUAAAGUAUUAGAUUAUGUUAAGGUAGGAUGGCCUAAUUAUAUGAACGAUCCAGCAAUUUUGCCGUAUUUUAGAAUGCGUUUUUACAUAAAUGUAGUUGAUGAUUGCUUAUUGUUUGGUUCAAGGGUGAUAGUCCCUCCGAAAUGUCAAGCAAAAGUGUUAGACUUAUUGCAUGAAGGACAUCCUGGAAUUGUAAGAACUAAGUUACUGGCCAGAUCUUCAUUUUGGUGGCCUAAUAUGUCUACUGAUAUUGAGAAUAAAUGUAAAUCCUGCGAGUCAUGUGCAGCUGUUAAUUUUAAGUCGGAUAAUACAACUAUUCCAUGUGUCUCAACCUAAUGUAGAAAAUCCUAGUUGUAGUACUGUACCAAGCUCUGUACAGAGUUCAGAGGUACUCGCUCCUGUUACCGAGCCUCAACCGAGAACCCUAGUUCCAGUUAGGAAGUCCAGUAGAAUAGUCCGUCCUCCAAAUAGAUUAAAUUUGUAAGGGGAGAGUGUGGUGUAUUCGAACACUUUAUAUUAUAUUAUCUAUGCUAAGUUGUCUGUGGUCAUUCUCAAGUACAUAAGUUGUGUCCGGUCCGUUUAGUACAGUUUUGUAUAAGUAUCUUGUGUCUGAUUAAACAGUUAAUUAUAAAAUAUCAUAUUUGAUUCCGCCGCCGCCUUCCUCACCCUAUCCACAACC